AUGAAAUCGCCCUAUUAUUCUGAAGUGCUUGGUCUUUACAAGACGGUGAGUUGUUGCUGGUAUUUUUGAAGCCAUACCUCUGUACAGGUAUAAAUUUUAAAGCUCUAUUCUUUUAUUUACAGCUUCGCUUCAUGGGUCGAGAUUAUCCACGGGGGGCUGACUACUUCCACAAGAAACUAAGAAAUGCCUUCGAGAAACAAAAGGAUGUGUCUGAUCCAAAGGAGAUCAAGAGAUUGCUCGAUCGAGGAAAUUACGUUGUAAAAGAAUUAGAAGCUCUUUAUAAACUCCGGUGCUAUCGAGCCAUGAAGAAUCGAUAUUAUGACGACGAACCCCCAAGAAUUGCCACAGAACAUUAA